CCAUAAGAGGUAAUCCGAAAUAGUAGUAGUUCUCUUUGGAUCUCACCAUCAUCAUCAUCACCAUUAUCAUCAUAAUACACUGACUACACGCAUCUGACACAGACACUUCCCCUUUCACACUGCAUCUUUCAUUCCAAAAUACACUCUCUCCAACCCCAUUACCCCAAUAUGACAAAGAACAAACCUUUGCCGUUUCAUUAUUGAACUUGUCUCAAAACAGAAACAACGCUUUGCCUUGUUUUCCUUAUGGAAAUCACACAACACAGCACAGCCAAAGUUAAAGUUUCAUCACCUCCAGUUUCACUUUCACCUUCCGAGGUUGUCUUCCGUGUCCUGUCUCAAAAAGUAUACUCUUUUUCCUUGUGUCUACACACCCUCUUGAGCCCUGUGUUUUUUUGUCUUGAAAAUGGAAGCUUUUGCCCCACAGAGGAUAACUGAUGGUGCAAUUGGAAGUGGGUAUGCUCCAUCUUCAUCUCUGGUUUUGGAUAGAGAGAGGGGAGAGCUUGUGGAGGCCCCUAUGAAGUUGGAACGCAAGGGUGUGUCCCCUGAGAGAAGUAUUGAAGCUUUGAGGAACCAUAGUGAGGCAGAGCGGAAGAGGAGAGCAAGAAUUAAUGCACAUCUUGAUACACUUCGCAGUGUUAUUCCAGGUGCUAAGAAGAUGGACAAAGCAUCUUUACUGGCUGAGGUUAUUAGACACAUGAAGGAUCUGAAAACAAAUGCUGCACAAGCUAGUGAAGGCUUAAUGAUACCAAAGGACAAUGAUGAAGUAAGAGUUGAAGAACAGGAGGGUGGGUUGAAUGGUUUCCCUUUUUCAAUAAGGGCAUCACUAUGUUGUGAAUACAAACCUGGUUUAUUGUCUGAAAUAAGACAAGCACUUGAUGCACUUCAUCUUAUGAUCAGAAGGGCAGAGAUUGCAACCUUGGGUGGCAGGAUGAAGAAUGUCUUUGUGAUAAUUAGCUGCAAAGAACAGAACUUUGAAGAUGCUGAAUACCGUCAAUUUCUUGCUGGCUCAGUUCACCAAGCUCUUAGUUCUGUACUUGAUAGAUUUUCUGUUUCACAGGAUAUCUCAGAAACCAGAAAGAGAAGGAGGAUUUCUAUAUUCAGUUCAUCAUCUUUAGGAGAUUUCUUGUGAGAACUUUUUUUUCUUAAAGUAAUCUAAAUCUCCAUAUGCAUAGCAUAUAUCUGAUUAGGAGUGAGUGAUAGUAGCAAUUUCACGUGGCAUGGAAACUCGAGUAGAUAUAAUGAAAUGUUGUCUUUCCACUCUUCUAAUGUGGAUAGCUGCAUCUUUUAAUCUUUUGACCAAAGACACAAUGAAGUCUUUCUAUGAUAAUGUGACUUGAUUAGAGAAAAGCUUCUUCUGUCAUGAAUUCUCUUCUCUUAGUAAUAUUUAUAGAUAUAAAUUCAAACCUUCACCUUAAGCUUUUGAGAGAUAAUUGGUUGGGAUAGUUGGUUCUUAUGACUAUGUAUAAAGCAAGCAAAACAUUUGUAUGCUGAUAUUUGAAAAUUGUUAAUAAAU